AAGAGUGCUGAAAAGUGAAGAACGGCAUCAAAACACAAAUUGCAAUCGCUACACAAGCAUCUCAAGUCCUCAAGGAAAAUCAAAACAAACAAAAUGUUCAAGCUGCUGGUUGUUGUUUUCGCCGCCCUCUUCGCCGUUGCCCUGGCUGUUCCCGCUCCAGUGCCGCGUGCCAAUCCCGCUCCAAUCCCGAUUGCCAGCCCCGAACCCGCACCCCAGUUCUACUAUGGAGCCAGCCCUUACGCCUAUUCCGGUGGAUACUACGCCUCCCCCUACUCCUACUACGGCUAAGUGCCCCGGACAACGCAAACCAACCGACGACUCGUGAUAAUGCAUCUGAAUACGGAUUACGGAUAACGGAAUAUGCGCGUGCUGGCAAAUCAAAUUAGUCAUAAGUGCUUGAAAAAAUCUAAAAAAAAAAAUACAAAAGUUGAGCAAAUAAAAUGUUGAAGAAC